UGCAGCACUGAUAGAUCUGAUGGCAGAUGAAGAUGAAGCCAGCAGGUGCAUGAGGAGGUUUUGGGGAGAAAAGAAGAUCUGAGCGAGCAGAGACGGAAAAGAGGACAGUGGAGUGGAGGAGGGAAGCAGGAGGGCACGCACUUCUCCAAACUCGAGUGCUUUCUUCACGACUUUCUGUCCGUCACGAGCUCUCUGAAGCUUUGAUUGAGUCAGGACUCGCUGUUCCCGGCGCGUUCGGGGCCGUUUCCUCGUCUCCCGGUCUGGAAUAUACGUGCUUUCACGGGUGGGAGAAUGAAGAAACAGGUGGAACGUGGGAUAUGAAGCUGAGAUGGACAAUGUGCGCGCGUGAGGUCGAGAUGGCAGAGCUCUGGAUCCCCAUCACGAGCUGCACAAGCGCUCAUCAAAUGCUCCAGUUUGGAUAACGCACCACAAACGCACUGUCUUUGUGCACACACACACACACACACACACACACACAAAACACACACACACUCUCAGAGGGUGAGGACCCCUUACAAAACGCAAGGGUCUGAGGAAACCGAAGGGCUUCUACUUUGGAUUGGACUUGUCCCAACCACACUACAACUGAACCACCCACCACCCUGGACUCGUACUACUACUAAACCGCUCCAAAAGAGAGGGAACACCAGAUCGCAAAGAUAGGAAGGCCAAGGAGUGCUAAAGAGAAUGAGCGUGGGUCGGAUCGGUCGCUACAGCAUCGUGUCGACGGAGGAGGAUGGUCUGCGCUUGACGACCAUGCACGGUGGAGGGAUGAAUGGAUACGGCAACGGCAAGAUCCACACUCGGCGGAAAUGUCGCAACCGCUUCGUGAAGAAAAACGGACAGUGCAAUGUGCAGUUCACCAACAUGGACGAGAAGUCCCAGCGCUACCUGGCGGACAUAUUCACCACUUGCGUGGACAUCCGCUGGCGCUACAUGCUGAUCGUUUUCACGCUAGUCUUUGUGAUUUCUUGGUUAGCGUUCGGCUUGGCGUUUUGGGUCAUCGCGCUUCUUCACGGCGACUUGGACAACCCGGCGGGGGACGACAACUUCACGCCCUGCGUGCUGCAAGUGAACGGCUUCAUUGCUGCGUUCCUGUUCUCCAUCGAGACGCAGACGACCAUCGGUUACGGUUUCCGCUGCGUGACGGAGGAGUGUCCCCUCGCCGUGUUUCUCGUGGUCUUCCAGUCCAUCGUGGGCAGCAUCAUCGACUGCUUCAUGAUCGGCGCAAUCAUGGCCAAAAUGGCACGCCCCAAGAAGCGAGCGCAAACUUUACUAUUUUCGCAUAACGCCGUCAUUGCCAUGCGCGACGGGAAACUGUGCUUGAUGUGGCGGGUGGGAAACUUGCGAAAGAGCCACAUCGUUGAGGCGCACGUGCGAGCGCAGCUCAUCAAGCCCCGGGUCACGGCCGAAGGCGAAUACAUCCCACUCGACCAGCUGGACAUUAACGUCGGUUUCGAUAAAGGACUCGACCGCAUCUUCCUCGUCUCGCCAAUCACCAUCCUGCAUCAAAUCGACCAAGAGAGCCCGUUGUUCGGCAUCAGCAAGCAGGACCUAGAAACGGCCGAUUUUGAGAUCGUGGUCAUCUUGGAGGGAAUGGUGGAGGCUACGGCCAUGACGGCGCAGGCGCGAAGCUCCUACUUGGCUAGCGAGAUACUCUGGGGGCAUCGAUUCGAGCCGGUGCUGUUCGAGGAAAAGAACCAAUACAAGGUUGAUUACUCGCACUUCCACAAGACGUACGAGGUGCCGUCCACGCCGCGCUGCAGUGCCAAGGACAUGAUGGAAAACAAGUACCUGGUGGUGCCCAGCGCCAACUCCUUCUGCUACGAGAACGAGCUGGCGAUCCUGAGCCACGAAGAGGAGGAGGACGACAGUCCGGAAAGGAUAAAGCCAGAGCGAGCGAUGAGCCUCAGCCCAGAGAGAACCCCUCGACAUGAUUUCGAACGAAUGCAGAACCCUCGCUGCACGGAGCAAAGGUCAUACCGCAGGGAGUCGGAGAUAUGAACCUUUAGCACGACCUUUUUGAUACUCGAAUUUUGUGUCGCGUUCCUGGAGAUACCGGAGCUUCUACAAUGCAGAACAAUGCAAAGUGCCAUAAGGAGAGAGUGAGCGCGUGAAUGAGCUGGAAAACAAACAAACGGGUGAAUGUGUGAAAGCCGGAGAGACGCUUAGCGGACGAUUCGGAGGAAGAGAAGGGCAGUUGGAAUCUUUUUAUCCUGCACGGAAAACUUGAAUCUUUUCCUCUUUUUGUUUCAUGAAAAUAGCUUAGCUGUUAAACUCUUCAUUCUUAAAGGGAUAGUGCACCCAAAAUCGAGCGUUCCGUCAGCACUUACUCGCCCUUGUGUCGUUCCGAAACGGUGUGACAUUUUCUCUUUUGUGGAACAAAAAGGAAAUACAUUUUUAUUUUAUUUUUUACAUGUGCGUAAAAACACAUAUUGCAAUAAUAAAGAACCAAUUAUAAAUGUUUUUAAAAAAAACGUACAUAACAUAUAUAUAAUAUAAAAGCAUUAUUUUGUUUAUAAAUGUAAAAAAUGCGCAUUCCAUAAAUAAAAGCAUACAUGCUUGAAACAACAUGGGGGCAUUAAAAAAAUGACAAAACAGUGAACAAAAAUUUUUUUUGGUGCACUAUUCCUUUAAUGUGUAAAUAUUUCUGCAUAGAUACAUGGUUUUGCGUGCGGUAUUAAUUUCUAGUGAGCGAAAAGCAAAGACAAUGUUACCUAUACAAAGAAAGAAAUGAGUAUUUUUAUUUUUGCAUUCAAACCGAGCACAAAUGACGAGCAAUGUUGUGGCACACGAUCCCUGGAGAGCUACACACACUGAUCAGUGAGACAUGAUAAAUUCCCCUUUACAACUGCACUACCUAGACAGACCAAGUGAACAAUGUGAGCACCUGAGUGUGAAUGUGUGUGUGUGUGUGUGUGUGUGUGUGUGUGUGUGUGUUUGUGCAGCUGAGCACAAUGCCUCAUGUGAGACGCACAAGGAGAUGGUUAAAUGGCAAAUGCUCCUACAAUGAUGACAACAAGCUCUUGCAUAUAUGUUACAUAGAUAUAUUUACAGCAAAAUAGAGAUAUAUAUUUAGGUAGAUAGAUAUAUAAUGUAGACAUUAUCAGUUUGCACCACGUAACCUAAUAUAGCAGCAGAUCUUCAGAGAACUCAACGGGGAAAAUCCUGUCAUUUAGAAACUUCAUCUAUUUUCCCCGAGACUCUGACAGAAAUGCCUGAUAGAAAACUCUGUGUGAAUCCAGAAACUUCCCUUCAAAUGUCGUAUUUUAAUACAUUUACCUCUGUCUUAAUGUAUUUCGAAUUUCUGCUGAACUUUUCCUAUACAGAAUGGGAUUCAAGAAUGCCAACAUUUUUGCAUUUCUACAUACGUACGAGAAAAAAAAUGACACGCCUAACUAACUUGAAAUGUGAAGAACGAGAAUGAUAGGUUGAAAUAUUCACUGAUCUAUGCACACUGUCUGACUGAGUGUUUAGUACAAUCUGCAUUUCACUCUCUCUUUUCUAUUAUUGUGGCAAAAAAAACCUCACUUGGAGCAUUUUAGCGGUUCAUAUAUGGAAUGCUUCAGGUUAAAUAGAGCUGUCAGUUAUUACGGAAAAUGAUUUGAUCGGCAUUUAGUGUAAAAACGAACAAAAAUCAUGUUUACAGUAAUGCAGGUAGGCUACUGUAUAUGGGGGAAGGCUUUCAAAUGCAGCGCCUUUGUUUCAAAACCUAAUGAGCAGUCCGAAUAGAGAGACUUUUUUUGCAUGCUCUCCAUGCAAAAAAAACCCCAAAAUAUAUAUAUAUUGCAUAUAAAUUGAAAUAAACAGGGCUUCGUCAUAUUCCAAUUCAGGAUCGCCCGCUCAAAAAUAUCAAACUGAUCACUUAUGAGGUACAUUUUGAUUUAAAAUGAUUAGAAGAUAGACAUCAGAGGCACUGCUUAUGAAAGCAUCAAAAACAUAACAUGCGUUGGCAUGAAACUACAGAGUGAUAAAAUCACUCAGUUACCUUGAUGUGUACAGUUAAAUCCAAUUUUUUUAGAUCCUCUCAUGACCAUGUGAAGCCAGUAAACACGAACUUUUCCACAGCAUCGGCGGGGAGUCGAGAAAACGAAUCCACCCAGAGAAAACGCCACCUACAGGCGUUAAAGCACAAGCAUUAACAGAGGGACAAAUUGAUCAUUUUGUGUGUCGUUGAGACGUUUGAAAUGAGCUCUAGCUGUAUUUAUGCCGGAUUAUUCUAUUAUCAGAAAAAGGCAAAAGACAAAAUUCACAGAUAGAAAUAAUCACGCAUUAAACGAUGCGGCUCAGAUUGAAUGCUGCUGCAUUUCACGAGAGACUGUUUGUCUGUGUGUGUGAGUGUGUGUGUAUGUGUGUGUGUGUGUCUUAUGCCAUCUGUCUAUGACUGUAUGAUAGCAUGAAGGGCACAUUCAUGAAGCAAUAAUGAAAAGAUCAAAGCAAUACGUGAUGCAUCAACCACUAUUUAUCAGGACAAAAACAUUUGGAUUUUACCAGUUUGAAGUGAAGCAAUGUAUUCCUUAAGAAAGCACAGAGAGUUAUAACUUUUGUGAGCUGUACUGUACAACUUUUUUUGUAUAAAAAAAGAAGAAAAAAGAGAAAGAAAUGAAGACUAGAUCAGUCUCUGCUUCUGCUGUUUCACUAUUAUUCCAAAGCCUUUUAUAUGCAAUGAUACGCAUUCAUUUCUUACAUGGAUGGCUGACUUAGUGGUUGAAAUGAUUAUUUAAUAUUCUAUUUAACUAUAAGAAUUAUCAUUUUUUUUACUAUCAAGGGAAACUGCAAUGCAAAUGACCCACAAAGACAGAAACCUACUGGUCAGGCUUGUUCUUACGCUUAUCGCUUUGCCUGAUGCACGGAAGAUGAACUAUAAAGAAGCAAAAUGAUGAUGCUACUGUAAGCCUUGCAGGUGAUUCUUAGCAAAAAUGCCUCCAAGCAAAUAAACUGUAACGGACGAGCACUUUAAUAUACACUUUUUUAUACUUCAGUCUCUGCAGAUGUCAGAGACUAGACUCUAAGAUGCAUUUUAUUGGCUUGAAAGUGAAUGUUUAUCAUAGACUGUGCAGAAUUGCAAAUAAUAAUGCUAACUUUCUAACUUUCCUAACUUACUAGCGUAGUCCAUCUAUCACGUAGAUAAAAUACGGCAUUAUACAUGGGAAUUAGACAGGCCACGUAAAUCCUCAAAUUUAAUAUAUGUGGGUUUCACAACAGAAAAUUAACAAAAGACUGAUUGGUUAUGGAACAGCCGUGCAUCUCAAUAAUGUAGAAAUGUUGUGGAGAGUUGAAUUACUGUGGGUAGAAAUGGCAAAAACAGCCAAUUUAGGAGACUGAAAGACAAUGACAAGAAACGCCUACGAGAUGUAAUUUCUGCCAAAGAGAGCGACACCUGCUACUGAAGCUACUGUGUUUUUAUGUUCCAUAGCAAAUAACUGGAUUCAUUUAUUUAACAAGAGGCCUGGUUAUUACAAAUUAGAUCACAUACAGUAUUGCUGACAUGAAGAUCAACGGAAAUGCGCUUGGGGGCGUACUUACUUUUUCACAUCAAAAUCAUCAGGGUCGGGCGACAUAUUCAGCCUUUUGAGUUCCUUCCGUUACUGACUCUGAUUUGAGAGCGCGAACACGAUGAGGAACUGCAGUUUGAAUUCAGACUUUGAAUCGAACUAGAAUUAAAGGGCUAGUUCACCCCAAAAUGAAAAUUGGCAUCAUUUCUGUCUCAACCACACAUUGUUCCAAACCUGAAUGUGUUUCUUUCUUCUGCUGAACGUAAAAGAUAGCUGACUUCAUCUUUUUUUUUAUGUUCAGCGCAAGAAAGAAACGGCUACAAGAUUAAAACCACUUGAAGGUGAGUGAAUAAUGACUCCCCAUUCAAUUAAAAAUCAAAGUCUUCGUUUUUGGGGCUAACUGUCCGUUAAAACAAGCUAAAAUUCAAAGAAAUGCACAUUUUGUAAAUUAACUACAAAAUAAACUGUAAAUGUUGGCUUGAUAAAGUUUUAAAAAUGUUCAAAAAGCCUUUCAAAAGGACGUCUGACUAUUUAUUAGUUACUGUAGCUGUGUCCGACAAGCCACGGCACGCUUACACCACGCGGUUUAAACAGUGAAAAAUACAUCGCAAAAAGAAAACGGACGACACGCCGAUAGACAAGACAAAGCAGGUUCAUUUAGAUUUGAAGGAAAGUCUCAGUUUUAAAAUACGGUCUUUUACAAGAAAUACAAACAACAGCCUACAAUUUUGUGACUUUUUACUGUAUGUGACAAAUCACUGUAGCAUGUGAACCGAUUAUCUCUUAUGCUUUGCUAGUUAUAGCACAAAAUAAACAUGA